AAUUCGGUUUCAUUCUAAAGAAAUUAGUGAAUACUAGUUUGAUUUUUGAAAGUAUAUUUUAUUAUCAGUUUCGCUUAGCGAGCAGUUAUCCGUAACAACUGUGUAAGCGUAUAGUAAUAGCGAAAAGCAGACAAUAUUUUAGUUCACAAAACUUAUUGCAAAUCGCUUUUCAAAUAAACAACUGUAAGCGUCGAGAUCCCGACAUUAUCAAGUUUUGUAAACUAUAUUUCCCAGAAGCACUUGCUUCUGCAUCGCACAUGCUCAUCUGUUUUGCAUGGUAGUUCGCGGGUACCGUAUGGCAAUGGAGGUAGAUUCUGGGUCGUUGUUGUCCAGUUGCUCUGUCGAUGAAGAAGGGGAAUUUGAUUCAAUAGCUCGGCAAUCAGCUGAUUAUGAGCUCGACGGUUCUUUGUCUUCUUUGAAAGAUGAGUCUGACGAAGAAGAGGAUUAUAGAGUAGCUGAUGCAGCAACAACAGAGACUUGUAAAAGGUUGAGCGAAACGGGAGACUUUGCAGCUAAGGAAUCCGACGGAGAGGACGACGAGCGUAUGGUAAACCUGUCUGAGCUGAAUCCUUAUAUCCUGUGUUCCAUCUGUAAUGGUUAUUUUAUAGAUGCUACAACCAUCACAGAGUGCCUUCAUACCUUCUGUAAAAGUUGCAUAGUGAAACAUUUCUACUACAGCAAUAGAUGUCCAAGAUGCAACAUCAUUGUACAUCAGACACAACCUCUUUACAAUAUCAGAUUAGACAGGCAGUUGCAAGAUAUAGUGUACAAACUUGUUGAAAAGCUGGAACAGAAUGAAAAGAAAAGAAUUCUGAGUUUCUACAAAGAAAGAGGCUUAGAUGUACCCAGACCUGUAGUGCCUCAACCUCAACCUCUUCCUGUUGGCAAAGUGGGCAGGCCUAAAAAGGCUUUGACAGCUGUGUUCAGGAUGCCACCAGAGCUUGAUUUGUCACUGUUGCUGGAAUUUAUUGGGGCUGAGGAUGGCACUGGGAAGUUCAAGCCCCUAGAAAAGAAGUUUGUGCGUGUCUCAGGAGAUGCAACCAUAAGACAUGUUGAAAUGUUCCUCCGGAAGAAGAUGGAUUUGGAUACUGCAUGUCAAGUUGAUAUAAUCUGUGGAGAUCACCUUCUAGAACACUACCAGACCUUAAGGGAAAUUCGAAAUGCUAUUGGUAGCACUGCAAUGCAGGAUGGGUUGCUAGUACUGCAUUAUGGACUGGUAUUGUCACAUGUAUCAUUGACAUAGAGAAGAACAGCCGAAGAAGAAGCCAUAAAAUGUGUACAUCACCACUGUCGUCUCUUUAAGAGGAGUAUUUUUUAACCAGCUGCCUGAAAAUUAGGGUUCUUUAUCAUUUUGCACAUUUUAUGUGGCUGACUUGAAGACCUUCACAACUAAUGUGCUUGCUGACUGAAGGACCAAAGAAGACCACUGCACUUUAGUUUCAUCAUGAUGUGAAUGUUCAUCUGUGAUGCAUUCGGGAGAGUACGACAAAGUGAGCAUUCUGAGCAUGCAGUCAGCUACAGGCAGAAACAGGUAAUGUAGUUAUGCUUGCCUGUGUACAGCGAGUCAGUAGGCAGCAGUCUCUUACAGCUCAGACUGUUUCACAUGAAGUGAAGACUGUGUUCCCUCUUUCAUUAGCAAGAGUGUGGGAAGACGUCCUGUGGAAUACUUUUGUGUGCUGCUUACGGACUGCAACUCAAGGAGGAAUCUCAGGUUUCUUUGUGUAAAUAUGAAAAAAAAGGUCAUUGGGAGCUUGACUGUAAGUUUACACAGACAUUUACAGUCAUAUUAAGAUAGUAUCUGUAUGAUCAGCUCAGAAAGCUUUACAUUUAUUUUGUUUUUUUUUUUUGGAUUUUAUAUGAUGCACUUCCCAAUUUUGUGUAAUCCAUGGAGACAUGAAUAGAUGGAUUUAACAGUCAUUGAACAUUUCAGUCUAUGCUCGUACACAUUUUUGAAGGGGUGUAGAUGCCUGCUAAUAUCUUUCUCAUCUGAAAAGCAUUUUCCAUAAUUUUGUUUCACACUGGCUCUGAAAUGCCACAGUUUCGUACAUGUUAAAGUUGGCCAUCUUUGCUUAACAGGAAUACAUGAACUAACAUGUUUGGCAUGUUGUGACCCUUUCACUAUUGACAUAUGUGUAUUGAUUUGAAAACCUGACGUUAUGACUGUUUACUUGCUGUAUGCAAGUUAACCAGUUUAAUCACAUUCUGUCUGUUCAUGCACAACUUUGCAAUAGUGACUGAUGGCUGUGUAUGGGAAAAAAACAGACAGGGAGAGGCAGAAAGAAGUUUAAAGCUGAGGAACCAGCUGUACAUGAUUCAAUUAUGUAGCUAUGAUAAAACAAAAUAAAUGAUUACACUGUA